AUGGAAAAUCAAGAGAAAAGGUCAGCAGACUUUGUAUCAGAAAUGUCAAACUAUAUUCCCAUCAGUGACGAAAAUUUAGAAGGAGCAUGGUAUCGGAUUAAAAGUGAAAAUGGAGAUCAAAUGCCAACAUAUCCACCUGGUGCUUUUCAUUGCGGGACUUAUAAUCCUGUUUGGAUGAAUGGUAAACGUUUUGAUAAGGACUCAACGAUGACCGGCCGAUUAUGCCAAGUCUAUAACGAUCCGCAUUUUCGUACAUUUGAUGGGAAAGUAUACUAUUACAUGGAAGUUGGAGAAUUUGUUUUAUACCGUAACAGUAAAGGACCAUACUGGGUACAUUCUUUGUUUACAAAUUGUGGUUUCGGCUGGGAAGGGUCAUCUUGUCUCUGUGGCGUUGCCAUUAAAAGUCGGAAUUCACUGUUUGUGUUGCGGACAUGUGAAAAAGUUUCAAGAGACAGUUCUUUUCCACUGAAGUCGCCUCAUUCUGAGGUCAGAAGUUGUGAUGAUAACGACUUGUCCAUUGACAUUUCAUAUAACACAUACACGUGCAUGGAGAAGAAUAUACCCCUUCCGACAGAAGAAAUGGAAAUAGACGAUAUACUGCCUGGAGAUGAUGAUCGCAAUGAAGGACAGAUGGACAGCAGUGAUGGCAGGAGAUUGCGGGAUCAGCUGAUUCAGAUAACUGUUAUCGAUACACCCGAUGAACAACUUUUUAUAGAGGACCCUACAUUCUUGUCGUUGGAUGUUGGUAUAAUUAUUGAUAAUGAAAAUACUACAAAUGAUAAUGCAACAGAUCGUUAUUGUGUUUGUGAAAGACAGGCUCCAGGUUACAAUGGUGAUCUAGAUUCAUAUAACAUCGUGCAGUGUAAUUUAACAGAGAGCACAGAGACAUGUUCUUCGGCAAUGCCAACUGUUAAUGACGAUUCAAUCGGUUCACUGGUUACACCAUGCAUUUCAACAAGUUACAGCAGAAAGAAACGAUCUGUAAAUACAGGUCAUAAAAUCGUACGUCGUAGUACAUCCGACACCGACGAUGUCCUCGAUGUUAAACCUUUACAAUAUGACGAUGAUGUAAACAGUUCCAACAACUUUACACGAAGCUUCAGAAAUGGUUGGACUGAAGAGAAGGCAAACCAAACAUGCUAUGAACUUAUAAAAGACCAAAUUCCAACAGAUCUUCUAGAAAAUGGGAUUAUUCUUUCAGAGGAAGAAUACAUUGAGUCCUGUGUUGAGGACAUAAAGCUUACUGCUGACACAACUUUUGCAAAAGACACAGUUAGUGCAAUGCAAACGUAUACGUUAAUGGAAGUAUUACGGAACGAAACUAUGGCUAUGGCAGAGAAAGACAAUAGUACACAAACUGUACUGGAGUACAUAACCAGCCUACUAUGCACAAACAACUGUAGUGGCAAUGGAAACUGUACAAAAGGUUUUAGCAAAAUACAUCAUUUAACUGUUAACGGCGAUUCGAAAACAUAUGCAGAUCCAGUCAUGGUAAAAGCUGAAUAUAGGACUGCUUUCAUGGUAUCUGUCACUCUAAGUAGAAACCGUAAGAAAAGGUCGACUUUGAACACUGGAAUGGCUGAAGGAUAUGAAUUAAGAUUAUCAAAUGAUGGAAUUGAAUUUAGUGACCCAGUCAGCAUUAUAAUUUAUGACGAGGAGUGUUACGACUGUAAUGCCUCUUCGAUAUCGUGUGUGGUUGUUGCUUCAUGUCCAGAUUUUACAACAACUGGUAUUGAUACUACAACGGAUAGAGUAUCGACUACAACAGAAACAACUACAAUUCUAGAGUCAACGACCAUUAAAGAUACAACAACACAAAGUAGAACAACUAUUGAAGAAACAACAACACAAGAUACAACAACACCAGAUACAACGCCCAUUGAAGAAACAACAACACAAGAUACCACCACACAAGAUACCACAAUCAUUGAAGAAACAACAACACAAGAUACAACAACCAUUGAAGAAACAACAACACAAAGUAUAACAGCAAUUAAAGAAACAACAACACCAGAUAUAAUAUCCAUUGAAGAUAAAACAACACAAGAUACAACAUCCAUUGAAGAAACAACAACACAAAGUACAACAAACAUUGAAGAAAAAACAACUCAAAAUACAACAACCAUUGAAGAAACAACAACACAAAGUACAACAACAAUUGAAGAUACAACACCACAAGAUACGACAACACAACAGUUGAAAACUACUGAUUUGAUGACAUCAACAAGACAAUUAACAAAAACCGUUCAACAAACCACAUCUGAUUCAUUGACAACUAAAAAUCAGUUACCACUUACGUCUCAUCAAGACUCUACCCCACUUGACACGACUACUACAGACAAAACAACUACAUAUAAAGAUACAACUCAGGAAGAUGCCGAUGAACUGAUUUCUUACAUUGGACCUAUUAUUAUGGGAGGAACGGUUUUUUUGUUUAUUGUAAUCUUUUUUGCCAUACUCUUGAUAAAGUCAAUUUUCAAAACAUCUACACCAAGGAACCAGAGCUUUACACAAUUCGACUCCUGGAAUAUUUACACAGGCGGAACAUCUGGAGGAUCGAAUAAUGAAGAAGUAAACUCCAAACCGGAUUUCAGAAAUGUUCCACGAAUCAAUACAAUGUCAUCUGUAUCAAGUAUGACUUCAAGUACAGAUGGGCAACGCAAUUUCUUUAAUGACUACUGUCAACAAUAGUACAAGCGUAACAAUUAUUGUAUAUCCACAUAUUUAUAUUUGUUAGUCAAGCAUAUAACAUAAAUGCCAGUCUUGUUUUCAGCAAUGCCCACAGUAGAUCUUAUCAUUUAGCUACUUGUUAAAAAAAAAUCUAUCACUUGACGUCAGUCAGCUUUUCGCUUUUCUUGUCCAUCAUCAAACUUUAAACAUUCUCUUCCUGUGAAACCACAGUCACAAUUGAAACCAUCCACUAAGUGCAAGAGUGAACAUUUUUAAUUUAGAUUAAUAUUCCUUUGAAUAACCGACAUACUCCCGUUAUUAGAAUAGAAAAGAGAAGUAAAACAGAGAAAGUGGCAUCCCUUUUGGUAUUUAUUUUGUAUUCAUUUCUCUUUUUUCAGUCCUCUUAAAGAUUUUGAGCUACUUCUGCUUUUUGUUUCAAAAGUAUAAUUAUAAGAUAUAUAUAUCAGAGAUGAGUUUGUUGUGGUUGACCAUAUUUUGACCUAAUUACGGACUAAGGACUCAGACAAAUUACAUGUAUAAUUCUAUGACAUAAAAAAAGACUAUUUUGCAAAUUUUAGUUUUUGAAAUUAUUUUCGCAUGCAGGACACGACUCUAGAAAUGUUUGGGAAAAGCACGUAUAUCAAACCUUUAAUGGAAUAGAGAAUGAAAACGGGGAAGUGUCAAAGAGACAACAACCCGAGCAAAGAGCAGAAAAAACCCAAGGCCACCAAUUGGUCUUCAACGCAGCGUAAAAAUCCCUCACCCGCACACUGUAACCAGAUAAUCGUAUGAUAUAUAGCAUAUACUUGUAUUAUGAGUUGUUAUUUUUCCCUGUGAUAUUUGUUUUGGUUGACAUACUCAAUAACUCAUAGUAGCCUCAACGGCUGUGGGGGUUUCUAUUUUAUUGUAGGGGAAAGGUUAAUAAAUGUAACGUUUUUUUCUGUUCAUUUUCCAGUCAUUGUGGAAGAUAUUUUGCCGAUGAACUAUUUAUUUAAUUCUCAAAUACUUACAUAAUGUCUUAUUGGGUGUUUACCAUGGUUGACUGAUAUGAUUAAGCGAGAUAUGGGAAACCACUUUCCAAAUUUUAUUUAAGGUAUUUUUUAAGUGUGUUUU